AUGAACAAAGAGCCCGAAUCAACAGUUGAGCCACCAGAAGAUUUCAUCGAAAAUAUACAUCUUGCCGCAAAGAAAGGAGAUUUGAAGUCAUUAGAGUACUUGAUUGAUAGAUUUCCAGAUGCUAUUAACGCAAUUUCAGAAAAACCAAAACGUACCGCUUUACAUUUCGCAGUUGAAGCAGGACAAACAGAAGUUGUUGAAUGGCUUGCAGAUAAUGGCGCAGACUUAAACGCUCUUGACGCCAGCUCUGAGUCACCCUUGCAUAUUGCUAGUAGGUGUGGUUUCCCGGCUAUCGUUCAAUUGCUUAUUAAGAAGAAUGCUUUGAUUGAUAUCAUGGAUGCCGCUGGCGAGACUCCAUUAUAUUCAGCAAUCAAGGCGAAGAAACUCGAUGUUGUUCAGAUUUUGAUUGCCGGAGGUGCUGAUAUUGCUAAUCGCAAUAAGAGGCAAUUAACUCCAAUUCACUGUGCAGCUGAAAUUGAUAGCACUGACAUUAUGUCGGAAAUUAUCAAGGCUGGCGCAGAUGUUAAUAUUUAUACUAAUACUGGCAUCACUCCGCUUUCAAUGGCUGCUCAAUUUUCAAAUUCAAUGGUCUUGAAGCUUCUUCUCGACAAGAAGGCUGAUCCAAACAUUAUUGGACCUAAGAACUACACACCUCUCCACUUCGCAGCUCAAAAUAAUGAUAAGAUUUCUAUUGGAUUACUUCUUGCCGGUGGUGCAAAGCCAGACAUGAAGACAUUAGAUGAUAAAACACCGAUUGACCUUGCUACAAGUACUGAAAUCAAAUCAUUGCUUAAGAAGGCAGUCAAAACUGAAUAA